CAUUGUUUUAAUGUAAAUAGUUUACCUCGUCCGUCGAAAAUGAAGUGUUCACCGAUUAAAGAAGGUUUUCCUUAUAAGAUCCGUUAAAUACGAAUCCUGCUUUUUAUCAACAUCUUCACCGUCAAUAAUUUCGCGCCAUCUGAUUUCGAACGUUCGAGACUUGCAGGAAACUUCAAACGGUAUCGCAGUAUAUCCCCCCACACUUCCGCAGAAAAACGCUACAUCGUGUCUGCAUUGAAAGGUGCAGCAAGAGAGAAACAGAAGGGUUAAUCGUGUAUUGGUUUAUACUUGAUUUCCCGAGACAUGUAACGAACAAUAGUGGCAAGAUUACAAUGCAAGACGAUAUUUUCCCGGCAGCAGAGAAAAUCCUUUCCGACAUCGAAAAUGUGGUGAAGAAGAAUCCGUCACUGAAAGCCUUCGAAAUAGUCCCCGCGGAAGAUAAUGAAAAUAAAUCACCAGUAUUUCAUCAGGAGGACUGUCUUGGAUUGGCGUCAUGGUGCGUGCAACCGCUUUGUUCCUACGCUUAUCGUCGACUUUUUGAACUUCGACAGAAUAAACACAGGCGAGAGGAGCCUAGCACAAUAGCAAAAUGGUUACUAGGUGCUCUGCUGUUAAAUCCGGAUGUCACCACUUUUUGGAAUAUGCGACGCGAGUUAGUGAGAAAUCACAAAUUAGAGGUGUCAGAGGAAUUCGCGUUUUCACAGUUGGUGCUUUACCAUAAGCCGAAAUGUUUCGAGGCGUUCGCCUACCGACGGUGGUUGCUGUCGUACGUGCUCAACGCGAAGGACAGCCGGUACGAUUUCAAUUCGGCGGAAUCGCCGCUCUGCACGGAAUUAAACCUGGUGACCACAUGUGCGGACAGGUACGCCAACAACUACGACGCGUGGAGUCACCGGCGACACGUGAUGACGCUACGCGAGUCGCGUGGAUUCGUUUAUCCAACGUUCGAGAACGAGUGGAAGAACACGCUUGCUUGGUGUCAACGACACAUAUCGGAUUACAGCGGGCUGUCCUAUCGACAAUUCUUAUUGCAGAAGUACAUGUUUGAGUUCAAAGAACUGCCGAGGGAGUCGUUGAUAAAGUGUUUGCCGGCGGUCGCGGAGCAAUGCAGGGAGGAACUGUUCGGUUACAUUAAAUCGAACGUCAGUGAUACGCAUAAAUUACAGAGGCUGUUUAAUGCCGCCGGGACGGAAUACAAGGUGACUUCCUCGAGUGCGGAACAACAAACGUACUUCCGUACAAUGUCCUACUGGACGGAAGAAUGUCGCGCGAACGAGAGCGCCAUUUGCAUGUAUAACGAUUACGAGGCUCUCUGGUGUCAUCGUAGGUUCCUGGCCUGUAUUCUAGUGCGUUUCAUCGCGACGUAUAUAAAACAUUCCUGCCGUAGGGACGAGCACGCCGAGAAAUCGGUUGAGGCGACAACAAAUGUUCAAAACAAAUUAGCCGCGAACGAAGACGACGUGACGUUGUGCCAUGAUUUCCUUGUGGAGGCGUUUCGCUCGCGUACCGAGAAGCUCGCGGAGCUCGCGACGAAACGUGACCAACACGAAAAGAUGCUUGUCGAGAGAUUCUUCAAAUUUCUUCGAAGUAUCGGAUUCGAGAUCAGGUGUUGAUCCCGCGUUAGCUGUUGAAAUUGUACUUUUAAAAAAGAUGCGCGCGCAUUCAGCUGUUAAUC